AUGGACAAGCAACAUCAGCAGCUCUUCAGCGAGUGCAAAGCCGUUACCUCCACCGCCAACAACAGCUCUGUCAUCCGAACGCUUGUGCUGAACGCCACCCCCACUUGUAUUCCUUUCGUGGGGCUGUAUCUGCAGGACCUGACAUUCAUUGAGGAGGGAAACGCAGUCACACUCGCAAGUCUUGACG